AUGAAAUCAUGGCUGAAAGACCGCCUUUUUGACGUGACUCGUCAAAUCACUCGGUGCAUCGUGGCGGAACCCGUGGUGGCAGCAGCCCUGAUUCGACAUUACCGCGAGUGGCGCGUCGAACCAAGUGGGGCGAUACGCGAGUUGACUAGUCAGUUAGUGCAACUGCGCUUCAUUCUGCGUCAAGUACUCCUUGUGAGCCCCCAUGAGACGGCGGUGAGGGACGAGUACAUCGAGAAGGCGGAGAAACAGGGUGCUAAACAGGGCGAAACUCUUCAACGACUGAUAGAUCGACUAGAGUUCAUGACUCAGGAGCAUAAUAAACUGGUAAGUGAGUGA